AUGACUGACCUGCAGUUGAGACCAUCAGAUAUUACCCAGGCCUGUUUGACCUCCUCACUAAAGACCAUCAGAUAUUACCCAGGCCUGUUUGACCUCCUCACUAAAGACCAUCAGAUCUAUUACCCAGGCCUGUUUGACCUCCUCACUAAAGACCAUCAGAUCUAUUACCCCGGCCUGUUUGACCUCCCCACUAAAGACCAUCAGAUCUAUUACCCAGGCCUGUUUGACCUCCUCACUAAAGACCAUCAGAUAUUACCCAGGCCUACCAUCAGAUCUAAUACCCAGGCCUGUUUGACCUCCCCACUAAAGACCAUCAGAUAUUACCCAGGCCUGUUUGACCUCCCCACUAAAGACCAUCAGAUCUAUUACCCAGGCCUGUUUGACCUCCCCACUAAAGACCAUCAGAUAUAUUACCCAGGCCUGUUUGACCUCCCCACUAAAGACCAUCAGAUAUAUUACCCAGAAUGGAACAAGACCUGCGCACAUCGAUACCAGGAGUGGAGCACCAAUCCUGACACCCCUAACCUCGUAUUCGGUCAGUGCUAUAUCCUGGGGGAAGAUCUCCACAAGAGUGAUGCCCAUAGAAUCUGGAGGAGGGUGAUCUGUGAUGACAGAAAACACAUCAAGGAUAAGCCUAAGAAUCCUGAUUGGUUCGGGUACUGUCAACAAGGUCAUUCUGCCGCCUUCGCCAAGGACAACACAUCUCUGCUGUUUGGGGGCCCCGGAGCUUACCAGUGGAAAGGAAUUGUGAGAAUGGAGUCCCUAGACAACCUUGAAGUGUCAAAUGAAGAGCCCUGUGAAACUGGGGAUGUGGACAGACUUGACCGUGACCUCAUCCCUCUCCUUAACAACAGUUAUCUAGGAUUCUCAAUCGACUCUGGAAUGGCCCUCACCAAGAAGGGCCAGCUGACUAUAGUGUCUGGGGCACCACGAGGCGGUUUCAGUGGGGAGGUGGCAUUUCUGAAGAGAGACCCAUUGGCUGAAAGAAGUCUAUCUGUGGAAAACAUCCUUAAAGGCCCAGGCCUGGCCUCCUCCUUUGGCUACGACAUAGCCGUGGUGGACCUCAACGCUGAUGGGUGGGACGACCUUGCUGUGGGGGCACCCGAGUUUUUCUUAAAAGAAGGGGUGGUCGGAGGGGCAGUGUACAUCUACAUCAACAACAGGGGAAGACAGUGGGAGAAGAUUGAGCCUGUCCGUCUGGAUGGGAACAAAGACUCCAUGUUCGGUCUCGCAGUUGAGAACAUUGGAGACGUCAAUCAGGACGGUUAUGAAGAUAUUGCUGUGGGGGCUCCCUAUGAUGGUGUAGGUCGAGUGUACCUUUACUAUGGUUCCUCAGGUGGAAUCCACAAAAAGACAGCACAGAUUAUAACAGCAGAAUCGUAUAAUAUAAGACAAUUUGGAUUUUCUCUGACUGGCAAAAUAGACAUGGAUGGCAAUCAUUACCCUGACUUGGCUGUUGGAUCACUCUCAGAUUCCAUAUUUGUCUACAGGGCAAGGCCAGUAGUCAAUAUCAGAGAGGACUUACGAAUCACCCCAAGUACAAUCAAUAUGGUGGCAGAGCACUGUGACAAACACAAAUGUACAUUCAAGGCACGGGCAUGCUUUACCUACACAGCACAGCCGCCAUCCUACAACCCCAGACUGACUGUCAACUAUGCCUUCGAGGCUGACGCUGAGACGAGGAAACAGAGGCGUUCCUCCAGGAUGGCGUUUCUGUUUCAGUCCCAGGGAGUCCUGGAGCUAGCAGGGCAGGGCAAAGAGAAGUGCACUGAGACCCAACUCAAGCUAUUGGAUGAUAUCAAGGACAGACUGCACAGCAUCCCCAUCUCUGUCUCUGUGUCCUUACUGAAUGACAGUAAGACAGAAAGCAAGAGUCCCCUGCCUGCACUUGUGUUUGUGUGGAGAUGUGUGAGAGAGGAUGUGUGAGAGAGAGGAGGUAUA